AUGCCGGAGUUGAAUGAUCUGGAGACCCUGCAGGCUCUCUAUACAGAUCUGAGGGCUCUAUCUUCAUCGAAGCUAUCUCCACAGCUAAUUGAAAAAGUGGGAGUUCAACUUGAUGCCUCAUUGCAUGAUUUUAGGAAUUUGUUGGAUAACAAUCCUCGAAACGAACAGAGUCGCAAGAGUAUAGCAACAGGGAAGCUUGAUGUCGACGGCGAUGAAUAUACAAUCAACGAAGCGUUCCAACAGGACGCUCUACAGCUUGCUGAUGAUUUGAACCUCGACGAACGAGAUGCUGCCCGACUAUUCCUCCAGUCUCAAGCCGAAGCAGAUAGCACCGGCACGCCACCUCUUACCAUGUCGGUCAUUAGAUUUCAUCUGCGUCGGAGGCGACUGCUGGAGUGUUUACUUGUGAUAUUGCAACAGGCAGCCAAUGCCGACCAGGAUGAUGUUCUCAGAGCUGGACUGCAGGAAUUUGUGAUCAAGAUCGUUCAGCCACAUGGGUCGACAGUUAGAUAUGCCAAUCAGUGUCUCUCGAGCAUGGCAGGUAUCAAAGCAUUGCUCCAGAGCCUCGCGGACAAGCUCAACAGUGCAUCGGUUCUAGGGCAGGAGCAACAGCCAGAUCUCUUGGAGAGAGUAGAGUUCCAGCGAGGAAGUCUUGCCAUGCAGCAUGAGCUUCUAGGGGUGAUUUUAUUUCUUCUGAUAAAGCAGAACUACUCACCCUUGGAAGAUUUCGAGCUGGUACUAGAUACGCUGAAGAAGGCUGAUAAAUACGAUAACCUAUUACUGCACUACAUCCCAGCUCUUGGUGCCUACAUGGCACGCUUCGGGGGCACUGAAGGGGGCGGGACUAUGGCUGAGGCGAGAGCCAUAAAUGAUAAGUUCUUUGGCCGCGCCGAACAAAAUACAUGGUCCUUGACGUAUGUCCACGCUGCCUUUAGGGUAUGGUGGCUUGCCGAGUAUAGUGGCUGGUACGGGGAAAAUGCUGACGGAUCUAUUCCUGAUAAUCAGUUAGCUGAUGAGGCCAAACAACGAUCAAAGCACUUCACGGAGGCCCUGAAGGACGGAGCCUUCGACUUUAUAUUGUGCCUUUCCGCCGAUGCCAAGUCACUAGAGUGGUACGACCCUGCUCGACAGGGUUUACGACAAUGGUUACAAAGAAAGACUCCUGUGAUUUUGGCCGGCAUCGUUCCGUUCUCCGAUUCAUUUCAAGAUGCACUAAUCCAGCAAUUAGAGACUUUUGUGGAAGCUUUCAUAACCAAUCUCCCCGAUGUCCUCAGAAAACUACGGCUUGAUGAGGACGAACAGCGGCAGCUCAACAAGGAGCAUGACCAUGAUCUUGAUUUAGAAAGAUUCCUGGUCAUCAUUUGCUUCGUAUUUGAAGGGCGGCCAAAGGCGGCUUUCGAAGGCUUUUGGGAAGAUCGAGAGGGUGCACUGAUGGGAUUUGUGCACUGGGCAUCAAGGCGGGCAUCCACACCACUUGUCACCGCAUUCUGUGAAAUGCUCCAGUCUCUUUCAGAAGAUGAAGAAUGUGCAACGGCCACCCACGAGUUUCUGUUAGAUGAAGGGGCACAGUCGUCAGGGAAGAUGAGGAGGACUCACUCCUUAUCUUGGAAUCAGAUUUUCAAAGAGCUCACCUUUUUCUCCUCGAAGAUUCGCGAUCGUCCAGCUUUACCACAGACACAAACAUUUCGCCCUGGAAAGCCCCAGAGUGACUUGAUGGAGGUAGAGCCAGAAUCAUCCAUGAUGCUUGAAUCGUACCUGCGCCUGAUCACGCGCCUGAGUACGGAAAGCGGAGCAGUGCGACAGUACCUGGCCCAGCAUCCUUCCUUUCGAAUUACCGACCUCCUCUUCCAGCUAACCAGCAGCGCUAUCGGUCCCCGCCUCAGAGCUUGCGCAUUUACUACUUUGCGGUCUCUUCUCAGCCACAAGACAAAAGAGGCUAGCGACUAUUUAUGGACAGCGCUCGAUAUCUGGAUUUCUGGGGGCUAUGCUCCUGGAUCUGCUAUGCCAAAAACUGGAUCUUCCACCUCAGUGGUCAGCCCUGUUUCGGGAGUGAGUACCAUCCUUGGCGGACUUACUUCUGGAUUCGAGGAACCGAAUGCGUUUGUUAAGCUCCUCCAAGCUCUGGUUGCGCCUUAUGAAGAUGGAUCCACGCUACGAGAUUGUUUACCAUUUCCGGAGAAUCUGGGUGUUUCGAGCCGCAUGCCUGGUAUCGAUCCCUACGUCGACUUCGUUCUGGGUCAGAUUUUUAGUUCUCGAGCUUCCGAUCUAAAUGACCCCAUCCAACAAAGAGUCUUGAGACUCAGUUGCCUCGAUUUUAUUGCAACUUGUAUCGAUACUUUUAACGAAGCCCUAAUAAUUUUCGCUAGUCAGUCCAACGUGGCUGUCGAUAUUGCAAUAAGUGCAUCAACCCUUGAAAGUUAUGUGCUUUUACAUCCAUUUUCAAGAGUAAUGGAAUGGAUGUUGAACGACAAAGUCAUGACUGCACUAUUUUCUACGAUUCAACAGGAUGAUAGGCUGGUCUCUUAUGCUGCCUCCGACUCACCGUUAAUCUUGUCCCUUCUUAGAGGCAUUCAUGUUGUCAAAUCGGUCUUGGAGCUUCAGGCCACAUACCUGCAUAUCAUAAGGCCUCUUAUAAAAUCACACCCGUCAUUUGGCCGUACUCCUGUUCCUAACACCACAUUUUCAUCAUUUGAGGAUGGAUUACUCAGCCAUCUUUCAAUACUUCCUAUUUUGAGUCGGUACUGCAGUACUGGCCACCCAGAGCUUGUCAUUGCAUCCAUUGGACUUCUUGAAAGACUUUCGACAUCUCCAAAACUCACGGCUGUUUCUGGCAGCGUCCUAAGCCGAGGAGCGGGCAAGAAUAAGGCACUAGCCGCUCUUGAUGAUGACGCCGAAGGAAUAGCUAGGAUCUUUCUGCGAGAGAUGGAGGAAGAAAUCGAUGUCAACCAGGGUGCGGAAUGUCCUGAAUAUAUCAUCAAGCUUCGAAUCCUCGACUUUCUUAUUUCAUCUCUGCGGGCCUCUCCCGACCAUCCUACUGUAGCCCAUAUGCUGCUAGGAUUCAGAUGUGGUGACCGUACUGUAGAUGCUGAUAGUGAAGGCUCUUUUAGCCGUGGAAUCUCCCUGUUUCACACAAUAUUAGACUCGGUGCUGAACGCGCCGCUUAUAGAUGAUACCGGCAUGGCCUCUUGGCUUCUCUCCCUCAGUUACAAGGGCUUGCAAGUUCUACAAGAGUUGUGGUCAUCACCCAUAUCGUCAAGUCUGGUGAUGAUGGAAAUGCGGUCAAACGAUGCUUUCUUUACGAUGUUUGCUGGAGAAAACAUGAUUCAGCCCGACAUACUUUGGGACGGACUGGAGGUCUCAAACCCACUGUUUAUGUCAACUUCUUCGGCAGGUUGUCUUUCGGAAUUUAUGUGCCGGCGUGCAAUUCUGCUACGAUAUUCAGCUGCCGAGCUCCGUAAUGUUGUUACCACUCAUUCGCCCUCCCUCAAACAGCGGAUUUUUGAGACCCUGAUGGGGUCAACGAGGGAUGGCCAAGGCCAAACUUGUCGCCAUGCAACCGUCUUUGACCUUUUCGAUUUCAUGGGACCUCAAUUCCACCGCCCACUCAAACCGUCACAUGCAUCAUGGUUCCAGGAUGUUGAUGUUCAGUCUUGUUUAAGCGACCAAGACAAACCCUCAUUUACUUACGAUAUUGGAAAGUUAGAGGAACUCUUUUCUCUACGACGGUCCGAGCUCAUCCAGGCAAAUAAGCUGGAUGCGCAGGGUGUGGCUGCUGUGAACCAUCAAGCUCAAGAACUGCUAGAUUUCUAUACCAACGAAAACAAUAUCAAGAUCCUUUUCGCAGCCCGAUUAACAGUUCUCAGGUCAUGGGUCCAGUUACUGUUAUUGAUGCUCGAAUCUGGCAAUUCUGGCAAUACUUCCCAGACGUCUAUUAUGCUCCAAACUUUGCGGACAAUAAUGCCGAUAUUAGAAACCGAUCUCGAAAACGUCCCGGAAGCCAUGGAGCUAGCAAGGCUUGCGAAAUCUGUUGUUUUCAACCUUGAUUUCAAGAGCCAAUCGUUCAAACAAGAUAACAUGGGGGAUCUUGUGAGUGAUAGAUUGUUCCAUCUGUUCCAAGUAUCACUCAAGGCAAUCAACUCCCUAGGCUCCAAGAUACCCCUGAAACAGUUCUUCUAUCUCAUAAGCUAUCGCUAUUUAAUGGGCAUGUCCGAUGUGGCUACCAUUUCAGGGAUCCAUCGGAGGCACAGCAUCCAGACCAUUAAAUCAGCUGGUGAACGGUUUAUGGACGUGGUGUGUGAUGACGCAUAUGCUAGUGAACCUAUCUCAAGGAUUGCAGCUUUGUUCAUUCUAGGCGCCUUGGUCGAAAUGGGCAAACGUGAGAACUCUAAAUACAUUAUCGAAUCUCUCAUACGGCUUAACUUCAUCACGAUACUCGUCGGUUCUAUAGAGAAUAUUCCCAAUGAUCUCCUAGAAACCUCCCCAGAAGACGUGGAUAUGCAACUUGCUUAUUGCAAUGCUCGGCUCGCAUUACUCCUCCAUUUGUCACAGACCCGCUUCGGAGCUGCAGCUGUUCUGAACGCAGGAUUGUUCCAUGCAAUUAGCCAGUCUGGCUUGUUCGCCACCGAUCCCGAUCUGGGUGUUAAUAUCGACGGCCCCGACGCUGUCAGCAAGCAUUAUGGUAUCUUAGCAGCAAUUAUGAGGGUAAUAUGCGCAGCUCUGUUGAGUCGAGGCGCACAGAACCAACAAUCUCUUGAACAGGGGCGCAGAUUCUUAGCUGACAACCGGUUAUCCAUACUCGCUGUCCUCAAAAAAACUGCCGGGCUAGGUUCGGGUACUGGGGUAUCGGAGCAGGCCGAAGAAUUGGCGGACUCCUUCAUGCUGCUUGUGACGUUUACUGGGUUCCUCGAGUUUGAGGAAAACGCCACUCCAAAGAGAGUGUCAUUAACGGGGUUUACCUAA